AUGGAUGGGUUUGGGGGAGCCCCCAGGUUCCUGGCCUAUCCACGUGCCUUCACGGUACAAAGUGGUGCUGACGCGGUCCUGAGCUGCCAGAUCACAGGUGACCCCCGGCCAAGCAUCCUCUGGGAGAAAGACAAGACCCCGAUCGAGCCCUCGGGCCGCUUCCAUGUCGAGGCCAAGGGGGAUCUGUACAGCCUGCUGGUGUCCCAUGCCACCCCCCAGGACAGCGGGCUCUACGUCUGCAAGGCCAAGAACAGUGUUGGCGAGACCUACGCUGCUGCCACGCUCAAGGUGGAGGUGGGGGAGCCCCGGGAAGAGGGAUGCUCAGAUGGUGAGGUGCUCACCUUCCUCGUUGCCCCCUCGUCCACACGGGUGUGCCGGGGGGAGGAUGUGAUGUUCGCCUGCAGGGUGUCCGGGCAGCCCUGCCUGGUGCUGGAGUGGGAGAAGGAUGGGCGCAAGCUCUCCGACCUCUUUGAGAGCAGCCACUUCGCGGUGGGGCAGGAGCCGGAGGACUGGCACUUCCUGAAGCUGUUCGGUGCCCGGCCACCGGACGCAGGGGUGUACGUGUGCCGUGCACGCAGCGGCUCCCAGGAGGCCCUGGCUGCUGCCGUGCUCCUGGUCGAACCCCGGGCACCGCCGGAUGGGCUCACCAAUGGCUCUCCUGCUGAUGGCCCUGAGCCGCUGGUGGAGCGGCAACAGCGGCGGCAGCGGCACGUGGCGGGACGGCACGCGGGACUGGAGAUCGGAGUGCCCAAUGGCACAGUGCCGGCCAGGUCGCCGGCGGCCAAGGCAUUCGCCGUGAGUGCAGGGAAGCACGCCAAGUUUCGCUGCUAUGUCACUGGCAAGCCCAAGCCAGAGAUCAUCUGGCAGAAGGAUGGUGAGCCCCUCGCCCCCAGCCGCAGGCACCUCAUCUACGAGGACCGGGAGGGCUACUUCAUCCUCAAGGUGCUGUACUGCAAACCCCAGGACCAGGGGCUGUAUGUCUGCACCGCGUCCAACACUGCUGGCCAGACCCUCAGCGCGGGUUACAUCAAGGUGAAAGAGCACCGGCUGCGGUUCCAGGUGCAGCUGGCAGAUGUGGAGGUGGCAGAGCGGGAGGACGCUGUGCUGGAGUGCCAGGUGCCGCUGGAGACCAUCCCCACCUCCUGGUACCUGGAGGACAGGGAGCUGCAGCCCAGCCACAAGUAUGUGAUGGAGGAGCGAGGCGUGCUGCGGCGCCUGACCAUCCGCGACGCCCGCACUGAUGAUGACGGCAUCUACCUCUGCCAGAUGAAGGACAAGGGGCGCAGCAUUGCCGAGGUCUCCGUCCGAGGGGUGAUCACAAAGCGGCUGCCGCGGAAGCUGGACGUGAUGGAGGGGGAGAACGCGGUUUUCUGCGUGGAGACGCAGGAGGCGUUGGAGGGGAUCUGCUGGAGCCGGGACGGGCUGCAGCUGCGGGAGUCACCCCGCACCGUGCUGAAGAGCUUCGGCAGGACACACCUCCUGGUGCUGGUGCACGUCACCCGCCAGGACGCGGGCAUCAUCUCCUUCGCCAUCGGGGAGUCGCAAACGUCCUCCCAGCUCCGGGUCAAGUGUGUGAAGCGUGACCCCCCGAGCGCGCCGGUGGCAGCCGAGAUGAGCGUGGCAGAAAGUAACACGGCCCUGCUGAUGUGGUGCCCUGCGCCCGACGCCCACCUCCGCCCCCCCAGCCGCUACCUGCUGGAGCGGCGGGGGGGGGGGGGGGGGGGGGCGGGGGGGGGGUGGGUGCAGUGCCUCGCCACCGACCUGCCUGGCCACGUGCGGGUGCUGGGCGACAGCGUGCCCUGCGAAGCCGACUACUGCUUCCGUGUCUGCGCCGCCAACGAGCACGGCCAGAGCUCCCCCGUGGAGUUCCCCGGCUCCGUGCAUCUCGCCCCGGCAGCUCGCGUGGAGAGGGGUCUGCAGGAUGUGUGGGUGCGGGAUGGCGAGGACGCCCGGUUCUCCCUGGAGCUGUCGGCCACGGUGCAUGGCACCUGGUUCCUCGAUGGUGCCAGGCUAGGCGAGGAGGAGGAGGAGGAGGCGGGCGGCCAGUGCAGCGUGCGGCGCCACGGGAUGGAGCACUUACUACUGAUCGAGGGAGUGCGGCUGGCCGACAGCGGGGCCCAGGUCACCUUCGUGUCCGGCAGUGUGCGGGACUCGGCCACGCUGCAUGUGCAAGCCCCACAGGUCCGCAUCAGCCCGGUGCCUGGGGCCGAGCGGCUCCAGGAGGUGCCAUCGGGGCUGCCCGUGCUGCUGGAGUGCCAGGUGUCCCCCCCGGGUGCCCCCGUCCGCUGGCUGAAGGACGGUGAGGCUGUACCCCUGGACGACGUUAUCGCGGUGCAGGCAGAGGGCUGCGUGCGGAGGCUGCUCCUGCGCUCGGCAGGUCCCUCGGACACCGGCACGUACACCUGUGACGCCGGGGAAGAUGCCGUGAGCUUUGUGGUGACCGUGACCGAGGCACCGGUGAGGAUCGUCAGCUCCAACGAGGAGGCCCCCCACGCCUACGUGGCCGGGCAGCGCGUGGAGCUGUGGUGCCAGCUGUCCCGCCCGGCGGCCCCCGUGCGCUGGUACAAGGACGGGGAGGAGGUGGAGGCAGGCGAGAGCCUGGUGCUGGAGCAGGAGGGGCCGCGGCACCGGCUGGUGCUGCCCUGUGCCCAGCCACAGGACACGGGGGAGUUCGUCUGUGACGCCGGCGGAGACUCUGUCUUCUACACCGUCACUGUGGCAGAGGCACCGGUGAGGAUCGUCAGCUCCAACGAGGAGGCCCCCCACGCCUACGUGGCCGGGCAGCGCGUGGAGCUGUGGUGCCAGCUGUCCCGCCCGGCGGCCCCCGUGCGCUGGUACAAGGAUGGGGAGGAGGUGGAGGCGGGCAAGAGCCUGGUGCUGGAGCAGGAAGGGCUGCGGUGCCAGCUGGUGCUGCCCUGCGCCCGGCCACAGGACACGGGGGAGUUCAUCUGCAAUGCCGGGGAUGCGUCUGUCUCCUACCACGUCUUGGUGGCAGAGCCAGCAGUGAGGAUCCUGCACCCACCACAGCGUUCACUGGAGCUGCUGGUGCAGGCGCCGGAGCGCGUGGAGCUGCGGUGCGAGAUCUCUGUGCCAGAUGCUCCCGUGCGCUGGUUCAAGGAUGGGUUGGAGGUGGAUGAGACUGACAACCUGCUGCUGCUGGCGGAGGGGGCUUGGCGCUGCCUCCUCAUCCCCAGGAGCAGCGCGGAAGACGUGGGCGAGUACAUUUGCGAGAGCAAGGAUGAGGCCGUCUCCUUCGAUGUCAAGGUGUCAGAGCCGCCAGUGAGGAUUCUGCAGCCCUGCAGACCUUUGCCUGUCGUGACGGUGUCCCCGGGGGAGACGGUGACGCUGGGCUGUGAGCUGUCCCGCGCAGAUGCACCUGUGCGCUGGGCCAAGGAGGGCGUCAGGCUGGAGGCUGGGGGCAGCCUGGUCCUGGAGGAGGAGGGUGCCCACCGCCGCCUGCUCAUCCCCGCGGCCCGAGCCGAGCACUCUGGAAAAUACGUCUGCGACACCGCCGAUGACACAGUGACCUUCACCGUCCAAGUGUUGGACCCACUGGUCAGGAUCCUGGAGAGGGACGUCCUGCCGACCCGCCGGCACUGCCGGGCCAUGGAGGACCUGGUGCUGGAGGUGCACCUCUCACAUGCCCACGGGGAGGUGAAGUGGUACAAGGAUGGGGAGAAGUUGCAGGACACAGGGCGCGUGCGGCUGGAGGAGGAUGGGGCACGCCGCUCCCUCGUUGUCCUGGGUGCCACAGGCAGGGAUGCGGGGGAGUAUCUCUGCGACACUGGCGACGACAGCAUCGUCUUCUUCGUCACCGUGGAAGUCCCAGAGCCACCAGUGACCAUUGUGGGCAGCACGGGCGCCAUGGAGCAUCACUGCCUGGUGGCCGGGGAGGACCUGGUGCUGGCUUGUGAGCUCUCCCGGCCUGAUGCCACCGUGCGCUGGCUCCGGGACGGCCAGGAGGUGCAGCCGGGUGAGCGGGUGCAGGUCGAAGCCCGUGGGGUGCUGCAGCAGCUCACCAUCUGUGGGGCGCAGCCCGGUGACUCAGGGUGCUACGUCUGCGACGCUGCUAGCGACCGCAUGGUGAUAAGCGUGGAGGUGUCAGCCCAGCCCGUGCGUGUUGUCAACAAGGAGGAGGCGCAGAGCCCACUGGAGGUGCUGGAAGGGGACAGUGUGACACUGGUGGCCCGGCUGUCCCCGGAGACAGCAACAGUGCAGUGGCAGAAGGACGGACAGACACUGCGCUCGGGCGGGCGGCUGCUGGUGUGCAGCGAGGGUGCUGCACGCAGCCUCACCAUCAAGCAAGUGGAGCUGGAUGACAGUGGCAUCUUCCUCUGCGAUGCCGGUGAUGAUGAGGUGCAUUUCACGCUGCACGUGAAAGAGGCACCCGUGCUGUUCGUGAACAAGCGGGAGCAGCAGGAGAAGCUGCUGGUGCUGGAGGGCGGCAGUGCCGUGCUCUCCGCUGUCGCCUCCACGGAGCGAGCCGAUGUCACCUGGCUGGGCCCACGGCAGGCGGCGGUGACCGGUGAGCGCUGCGAGCUGCGGCGGGACGGCCGCGUGCACAGCCUCGUCCUUCACAACGUGGCCAAGGAGGACGCCGGCGUCUACACUUGCCUCUCCCCCCACGACCAGAUGCAGUUCGACGUGAGCGUCCGAGAGCUGCAAGUGAAGUUCCUGCGUGGGCUGUCGGACGUGCGUGCACGGCAGGGCGAGCGGGUGGUGCUGUGGUGCGAGCUCUGCAAGGCGCGGGGUGAUGUGGUGUGGCGGAAGGAUGGGCGGGCGCUGGCGCCUGGCCCCCGCCGGCAGAUGAUGGCGGAGGGGCGAGAGCGCUCACUGGUGCUGAGCCGUGUGGAGCCCAAGGACGCCGGCGAGUACUGCUGCGAGUCCAAUGACGACCGGACGCUGGCGACGCUGACAGUGCAGGUCCCCAGGGUGGUGGAGAUCAUCACAGAGCUUCAGAGCCUGACAGUGCUGGAGGGGGACGAUGCCACCUUCAAGUGCCUGGUGUCCCCCGAGGACGUGGCUGUGACCUGGCAGCUGAACGGCCAACCCGUGGUCCCCGGCGAGCGGCUGCUGGUGACGAGGAGCGGACUGUGCCACAGCCUCACCCUCCGGCAGUGCCAGCCAGGGGAUGCGGCCACCGUGACGGCCAACGCCGAGGGGCUGGUGAGCAGGGCCCGGCUGAGCGUGCAAGAGGCGCAGGUGCUGUUUGUGCGGAAGCUGCAGGACGUGGUGGCAGAGGAGCAGGGGGACGCGUGCCUGGAGGUGGAGGUGAGCCAUGAGGCCGCCGAGGUGCAGUGGCUGAAGCAGGGCGUCCUCCUCCAGCCGGGCAGCAAGUACCAGAUGCAGGAGUCAGGGUGCUGGCGCACCCUCACCAUUCGCUGCCUCGACCCUGCCGACCGCGGCACCUACCGCUGCGAGAGCCUGCACGACCGCACGCAGGCCAGGCUCUGCGUGGAGCCCCAGAAGGUGUCGAUCCGGACACCGCUGGCAGACGUGGAGACCUUUGAGAAGGAGACGGCCACCUUCCACCUAGAGCUGUCUCACCCUGGCGUGCCCGGGGUCUGGACGCGGGAUGGCAUCCGGGUGAAGCCCAGCGGCAUGUGCCAGAUCAGUGCCACAGGCUGCAGGCACAGCCUGACGCUGGAGGGGCUGGCGCUGGAGGACUCGGGCACCAUCACCUUCACCGCUGACACGCUGCGCUGCAGUGCCCGCCUGCUUGUGAGGGAGCCUCCAGUUACGUUAGUGAGGGUCCCACGGGACCUGGGGGUCCCAGAGACGGGGGUCGCUAUCUUCGAGUGCGAGCUGUCUCGCCCCAGUGCGGAGGUGAAGUGGUUCAAGGACGGGCAGGAGCUGCAGCCGGGGCCCAACUGCCGCAUCUACUCGGCGGGUCGGCGCCGCGUCCUGCAGCUGAGCCGCUGCGAGCUGGCCGACGCCGGCACCUACACCUGCGACGCGGGCGACUGCCGGGCCUCUGCCACGCUGCACGUCCAGGAGCGCCAGGUCUGCAUUGUGCAGGACCUGCAGGACGCCCAGGUGCGGGAGGGCGACAACGCCGUCUUCACCUGCGAGGCGUCGCACGGGGACGUGAAGGGCGAGUGGUUCCGAGAUGGGGAGAAAAUCAAGGUCUCCAGCACAGUGAAGAUACGGCAAGAAGGGACCCGGCAUUUCCUGCUGCUCUGUGCCGUGCGUCCAGAGGAUGCGGGACUCAUCCGCUUCGCGGCCGGGAUGGUCGUCUCGGAGGCCAGCCUGCGGGUGGAAGCGCUGCCCAUCCGGAUCGUGAAGCCGCUGCGGGACAAGACAGUGCUGGCACGGCACAAGGCGACGCUGGAGUGCACCGUGUCCCACGCCCGGGGCCGGGUGCGCUGGCUCCGCGGGGACACCGAGAUCUUCGCUGGUGACAAGUAUGAGAUCUGCAACCUGGACUGCUACCGCACGCUCAUCAUCCACCGCGUGGGCCCAGAGGACGAGGACUCGUACACCUGCGAUGCCUUCGACGACCGCUCCACUGCCCGGCUCCUCGUGGAGGGUGAGGAGGCACCCGGGGGGGCACCACCGGGGGCUGUGGUGCCACCGUGCCUCACACCAGAGGGACAUCGGGGGCCCCGUCCCCAUGCCCCACUGCUUGCAAGGGUCUGA